UCCACCGGUCCCCUACCUUUACCUCUCUCUCCUCUCCGCCGCAUAAAUUUAUCUCUGCGGGAGCGCGCGUUUUGUGUGUUUUGAUCCCUUAUUUGUCGUUCCCUACGAUUCCAAUGGACGGGUUAACGACGGCGAAGGCCGAUCUAACGGUGUACGUGCACCCGUCGAAGUCCAACAAGCUCGCCGAUGCCGUUCGUAAGCAGCUCAGCUCUCUCCUCUUCACAUACGACGAACUCUUCGACGGCGUUCUACUAUCUCAUAAGAUAAGUUUCCAAAGUAACCAUGCAAAGAUUCUGCAUGGUUUAAUCCCGUACUUCGGAGUAAAAGUGCGAGCGAAACUGCUAAUCUUUUCUCCAAAACCAAACAUGCUCUUAGAAGGAAAGGUCGUCAAGCUGAGUAAGGAAUCUAUUCAUGUCAUCGUACUCGGCUUUACUUCGGCGGCCAUUAUGUCGGAAGAUAUUCGAGAAGAGUUCAAGUACAAAAUCAAACAUGGUGCUGGAUGUUUUGCAAGUUCAUCUCACAAAUGGCACAGGAUAAAAGUUGGAAGCAUGGUACAGUUCGCGGUCAAAAGUGUGGAUGAAGAAAUCGGCCAUAUUUCCGGAUCUUUGAUUCCACCUCAAACUGGAUGUGUUCAUUGGUUAUUAAAACAUAGUGCAGAUGCUGUAUCGCAAACCAACAGAAGUCUUAAGAGAUGUAGAGACUGAGACUCCGGGCUACUUGAUAAUGGCGAUCGGUCGCAGAAUUUCAGUCGAUCACCCAAGUUGAGAAAGGGAACCGAGUGAUUAGAGUUCCAACAAUUUUUUCUUUUCUACAUGCAGUUUAAAUGGUAAUUCUCUAUCUGAAUAACAUAAUUGGAUCUCUUUAGCAUGAUGAGAAUCUGACGGUUAUUUGUUUCCAGACACCUUUAUGUUUCAGUGAAGCAGAAAGCUUUGAAGAGUUUUUGUUUUCCCCCAUUACGGUAAUAAGAUGUCCUGUUUUGGCAGAGGAUUAACUUACACUUUUUCCCCUCCCUCUAUUGUACUUAUUCUGGCAGAUUCACUUUUGUGCAAUUUGUGUGGAGCCUCAAGGAAGAGAGUAAUGCGGAGAAAGAUUAUGGAGAAAGAUUAUCUUUUUUGUUCAUCUUUAUUAUUUGUUUCACCAUCAUCAGAACUCCAAAAACAUCAAUAUAUACUCCUCCUGCAGUGGAGAAAGAUUAUGAAGACAGAAACUUUAGACUGCUGCGUACUGCGAGUUUAAUUUUUUUUUUUUUUUCAUUUCUGGAUUUGAGGGUGUAUCCAAUCGAAUGUUGGAAGUACUUCGAAAGUAUGUUUGGUUCAGAAAUUUGUUUCCGGCAAUUCCUGUUAUUGGGACCAUGUAAACUAUGUGAUGGAUUUUUUCGAA